CUCUCGGGCGUGAGGAGCUGGCCCGCCGAGCUGCUGGUGGGCACGGGCUGGCGAGGGACCUACGGCCGCUCUCCUCCUCUCCCGCCGCUUCUCGGAACCGUGCCUCCCACGGGCCUGCCCGCUCUUCACCGGCCCGGGUGGGAGCUAUCGGCUCGCCGUUCCCUCGCCUCACACGCUCCCCGCCGCCCCCUCCUCCCCCUUCAGGAGUCGUCCCGGCGGGAGCGUGUCUAGAGGAAUCUGCCGCCGUGGGGCCCCUCGCCCGAUUCUGCUGGUCCUGAGGACCGACCCAGGCGCCGCUGGGGGUUGAGCAGGCAGCCGGCGGCGAGGCGGGAGAUGGUGGUGUGGGCUCCGGCAGGACCGCGCCGCCGCUGCCCGGAGCCUGGGCUCGGCACCCCCCCGCCGACCCCCACCGAGCGCAGCUCUGCUUCCUCCUCGCCGCAUCCCUGAGGGAAGCGCCGCCUCUGCUCCCGGGUUCUCCGCCCGCCCGCUCCUUCCUGGCUGGACCCCGCCGCGCUCCACCCCAGUGGCCAGAGGAGCAGCUUUCCAGUCACCUUUUGCAGCCCUCUUCUUUUUCUCUUCCCACCCGGCCGCCUCGGAUCCCUCGGCUGGGCGCUGCGGUGGGGGAAGAGGCUGGGGUCGCCACGGCGGAGGUUGCUGCCGCCACCCCCCUGCGGGGGUGGCCGGGGUUCCCGGCUGGGGGGGCACCGUUCAGGGUGAGGCAUCCACCAUGGUGAGGCCCCUGAGCCGCUGCCCCCGCGCCCCCCCGGCCGCCGUUGCCUCCUGCCCCUCGGUGCUGCUGCUGUUGCUCCCCCGCCUGCUGUUGCUCCUCCAUCUCCAGAUCGGAUCACGGUGAGGGAAAGAUGAGCGAGGAGACGGCGACUUCUGACAACGAUAAUAGUUAUGCACGAGUGCGAGCCGUGGUGAUGACCCGAGAUGACUCAAGUGGUGGAUGGUUACCACUUGGAGGAAGUGGACUAAGCAGCGUCACUGUCUUCAAAGUCCCUCAUCAGGAAGAGAAUGGCUGUGCUGACUUUUUUAUCCGUGGAGAGCGACUCAGGGACAAAAUGGUGGUUUUGGAAUGUAUGCUUAAAAAAGACCUCAUUUAUAAUAAGGUCACUCCAACAUUUCAUCACUGGAAGAUUGAUGACAAGAAGUUUGGCCUUACCUUUCAAAGUCCUGCUGAUGCUAGGGCUUUUGAUAGAGGCAUUCGAAGAGCUAUAGAGGAUAUUUCUCAAGGAUGUCCUGAAUCAAAAAAUGAAGCUGAGGGAGCAGAUGACUUACAAGCAACCGAAGUGGAUACUUCCAGUUCUCUAGUGAAGGAUCACCUUUUCCAGCAAGAGACAGUUGUUACCAGUGAGCCUUAUAGAAGCUCAAAUGUAAGACCUUCUCCCUUUGAAGAUCUGAAUGCCAGAAGAGUCUACAUGCAAAGCCAAGCUAAUCAGAUAACAUUCAGUCAACCAGGCCUAGAUAUUCAGAGCAGAAGUAUGGAAUAUGUACAGCGGCAAGUAUCCAAGGAAUGUGGAAGCCUAAAGUCCCAAAAUAGGGUCCCUUUGAAAUCAAUCAGACAUGUCAGCUUUCAAGAUGAGGAUGAGAUUGUCAGAAUAAACCCUCGAGAUAUCUUAAUACGUCGUUAUGCAGACUACAGACAUCCUGAUAUGUGGAAAAAUGACUUGGAGAGAGAUGAUACUGACUCCAGUAUUCACUUCCCUAAACCAGACAGUAAAAAAUCAGACUAUCUGUACUCUUGUGGGGAUGAGACUAAGUUAAGUUCACUCAAAGACUCUGUGGUAUUUAAGGCACAACCUUCCUCAUUAAAAUUUAAGAAGUCAAAACGAAGAAAAGAGGAUGGUGAACGUUCUCGCUGUGUUUACUGCCAGGAGAGGUUUAAUCAUGAAGAAAAUGGCAGGGGAAAAUGUCAGGAUGCUCCAGACCCUAUUAAAAGAUGCAUAUAUCAAGUUAGUUGCAUGCUCUGUGCAGAGAGCAUGUUGUAUCAUUGUAUGUCAGACUCAGAGGGAGAUUUUUCUGAUCCCUGUUCAUGUGACACUAGUGAUGACAAGUUCUGCUUACGAUGGUUAGCCCUGGUAGCUUUGUCUUUCAUUGUACCAUGUAUGUGCUGCUACGUCCCUUUGAGAAUGUGCCAUCGCUGUGGCGAGGCGUGUGGUUGCUGUGGUGGGAAACAUAAAGCUGCUGGAUGAAAUGAUCCAGCGCCAAAAUGAGCUUAAAAUCUUUGUUUCCAGGAAUUAGCUAACUUGGAUUUGUGGAAGCUUUUGGCAAGCAAUAUGGAAUCUUGCCUGGUAUCAUUGGGGCCACACGUGGAGGAAGCAGAAUUCGUCAGUUCUUGGCAUUUCACAAAUGCUAGCCAUGCCUAACUUUUUCCCUUGAGUGCAUGGCAUGUUUUGUUACAGGUUGUAGUAUUUGCAGAAGGAAACCAUUUCUGGUUAUUGGCUAUAAAAAGUCAGCAUAAAAUAUGAUCCAACUAAAAGGGA